UGCAGCCCUAGCUAUACAGUUAUCCCGCGAUCGCAAGUUUAAUUCGUUGGAAAUUUCGCAAUUUGCACAAUUUCUUAGCAAUUUGCUCGUUUUAAUUACGCAACAUGUCGGAGAAAGAAGAAGAAUCGAUUGCGUACUUGACGGAAAACGGGAUUUUCCCCCGACUCCUGGAGAUUUUAAAGCAAAUGGUGGAAAUCGAUCCGCUGCCAGCGGAUCCUCUGAUGCACAUUUUACAUUCACUGGGCUGUCCGCUGAUUCCGCAGGCCCAAAUGAAGGCGCUGGAGCGGAAGGUGUCGCGUGCCCACGAUGAACUGCGCCAUUUGCGUCGCCUGAUCAUCGAUUUGGAUGCCGAGGAUCAGCUUUACGAUAGCGAGAGCGAUGUGGAGGAGUAUGUGGGCGAUGUGUUGGAGACCAGCUCCUCGUCGCACGAAGUUUCCAUGGUGGAGAGCAACGAGUCCCGGGAGGACUCGUUUCCAUCCAUGUUCUCGCUCAAGGACUCAAAUAUCUCAGAUCCAUAGAUCCAUACAUCCAUGUCGCAGUAUCGAAUCACAUUAGCCGUUGAGCCUAUUUUAUGUACGGCAUACAUAUCCUUGGCAACUGCAUGUGAGUUUUGGACGUUUAUAUUACAUUUCCUAUUACAUUUUGUUUAUUCGACGCAUUGUAAAAUCAAUUAUCGACUUUUGAUCAAGCAAACUUAUAAUUUUAUAUUGUGCAGAGACAUCAGCCCUUAUUAUCCAUUAAAAAUUGUUAUUCAGCAUGAAAUAUUGAAAAUGCUUUUUCAUAUUAAAGAUACCUAAUGCGUUUCUUUCAAAACCAAAA